UAAAAAAUUCUAUAUUUCUGUGAGAAAAUGACAUACAGUUAGUGAAAUCCGUGAAAUCCAAUUGAUCAAUUAAGGGGAUAAAUAAUUUCGAUUUAGUAAAAUUACGUUGAAAGCUUAACCUUUCCAGUUGAUCUGCAAUACGACAAAACGCAAGAAAAAGAUUCAAUCAAAUUCCUCAAUUCAAACCAAUUUCAUUCGAAUAAGCAAUGUCGACUCCAGCUCGUAGACGUUUAAUGAGAGAUUUCAAAAGGCUACAAGAAGAUCCACCCACCGGUGUUUCUGGCGCUCCGACUGACAACAAUAUCAUGAUUUGGAAUGCUGUUAUAUUUGGACCACAUGACACUCCAUUCGAAGACGGCACGUUUAAGUUGACUAUAGAAUUCACGGAAGAAUAUCCAAAUAAACCGCCGACGGUACGGUUCGUUUCAAAAAUGUUCCAUCCAAACGUGUACGCAGAUGGUGGCAUCUGUUUGGACAUAUUGCAGAACCGAUGGAGUCCGACAUACGAUGUGUCGGCUAUACUCACAUCGAUACAGUCUCUUCUAAGUGAUCCAAAUCCAAAUUCACCCGCCAAUUCAAUGGCAGCACAACUAUACAAGGAAAAUCGUCGGGAAUACGAAAAGCGAGUCAAAGCCUGUGUGGAACAAAGUUUCAUCGAUUAGCAGACGGCGAGGACGUAAUAAAUUUUUAGGAGUUUUCUGUUCAAACAUAACAAUUUAUAUAAAAUGAAGAAAAACAAAAAAAAAAACACAAAAAACUAAACAAAAAGGAAAAGAAACAAGAGUUACAAGUUGCAUCAUUGCAAUUUCCAUAUUAAUUAAAUGUGAACAAACUACUGGAGGUCAAGAAUUUUCUUUUUUCUUUCGUUCGUUUUCAAUCAUUUUUUUUUUCUUUUUCGGUCAUUAUAUUUGUUUGAAUAUUUAAAAUAAUUUUUUUUUUUUGGUUUAACUUAAUAAGUAAAAAUAUCGGAGUUUUUGUAGAAGAAUUUGAUGGAUAAAAUAGACCUGUGCGAUACAAAAUCACUAAACAAAACAAACGUAAAAUGCGCGCAGACAUAUUCUAAUUUUGAAAAUAUAUUUUAUUUAUGUAGAGAAUGACGGAGUGUUUCUCAACACGAACUGGCUUCGACCUUUAAAUCUUCAAUAAAAUUCAAAUCAGUUUCUACA